AUGUUUGUAGAUGGGGGACAUGACCCUAUUGCGACAAUAGUAGAAAGCACAUAUCCUGACAUAGCGGAUCACAUUCGGGAACCAAGUUAUUUUCAAGAAAGAGCUAUUCUUGCUCCAACCAAUGAAAUUGCUGAGACGGUUAACGAUCACGUGUUAUCUCAAUUGCCAGGUGAAGAAAUAACUUACUUGAGUUCAGAUGCAAUUUCAGUGGAGGAAGGAAAUUUUGGAAUUCAUGAGAUGUAUUCAACAGAGUUCCUAAAUACAAUUAAAUGCGGAGGAUUACCAAACCACAGUAUACGACUGAAGGUUGGAGCACCAGUGAUGCUCCUAAGGAAUAUUGAUCAAAGUUCUGGGCUAUGUAAUGGCACAAGAUUGGUCGUUAAGCACUUAGGCGAUCGCAUUAUAGAGGCUAUUGUGGUAUCUGGUAGUAAUUUGGGCAAUAAGGUCUUCAUUCCACGAAUGACGCUGACUUCGUCAGACUCAACAAAAUUUCCCAUCAAGUUCCAACGGAGACAAUUCCCUUUGGUUGUGUGCUUAAUGACAAUCAAUAAAAGUCAAGGACAAUCACUUUCGCAUGUUGGCCUAUAUCUUCCUCGGUCUGUUUUCAGCUACAGACAAUUUUAUGUGGCCGUAUCAAGAGUUACUAGCAAGAAGGGUUUGAAAAUUUUAAUAGUUGAUAAAGAACGUGAAACAUCAAAUGUUACCACGAACGUAGUGUACAAAGAAGUAUUUCAGAAUGUUGGUUAAAUACUCUUAUUAUUAAUGUUACUCAAUAAUUAAUUUUUAUUUUCAUCCA